GGCCAUGGUGUGUGGUACCCUGACGUACUGAGCGUGGCCCAACAGAAGACACUUGGUGCAGCUCUUCAGUUUGUUGUUUCUCUGGGCCUCUGCCCUUACCUGGCCCCGGGGGUGGGGGUGCCCCUGGGGCGCAGGUCAGCGUUUGGGGCGAUGGUGGAGGUGUUGCUGCGUCAUGAUGUGGCCAUUGUCCCUGAGCGCCGUCUCCUGACCACCACCACUGUUCUGCUGGAGCUGUCUGUGCUGUCAUCCCUGGCCACCAUGGUCUUCACACGCAACCUGGGAGACGUCAUGGCAGCACUAUGCCAGCUGGGAUAUCGCCCACACCACCCUGAGAAAUGCACCAGUAAGGAUGAGAAGGUAAUUCACUGUUCAGACCUUUUCAUGUUGAAUAUGGAUGUUAUUAUACCUAGUCCUAGAUAUCAUGAAGAUUGAAUAGACUCCGUUGUUUUAGCAAAAUUAGAAACAAACAAAUGCCCACAUUUUGCCUAUUUGCCAUAUGAAGUCAAGUGUUUAUUGGGAUCUCUUCUUUAAGAUUUAUGUAUUGAUCACGUACAGCCACUUUACCAGGUGUUUAAAGACAAUGUUACAUAUAUGGGCUUUAAAGGGUUAAGCAGACAGAAGAACAAGGAGGCUGAUGAUGACCUAUCUUCUUGUCAUCACUGACUGAAUUCAUAUCAUCUCUUGUAAAAACGUAGGAGCUCAGCGAUGUGGAACGCAAGAACUGCGGGCAGGCUCUCCGAAGCCUUCUGGGAAAAGUUUAUCAGCCAAUCAUCAUCAGAGUUUCUUAUGCUCCAAGGAGGUCCUAAACACGUAGAGCACAAUGCAGUGAAGUGUCGUACACCAUUACGUAUCAUCGUGUUUUGUUUCCAUAUGUGUAUUUGUAUAUGGUGUCUGUCUGUUCUGUUCUGGUCAUGUACAUCAUGUCUCUCUCUUCCUGCAGGCCCCUCCAGGCCCUGGUGCUAGUGAUGCCAGUAGAAACCCUCUGAGCCAGGCUCCCCAUGGCUGAGGCGUCUGUGUGGGCAGCUGCUGUCUGAGAGGCUGAUGCAGUCCAGUCUGUGGUGAGCACCAUUCUGGAGGGGGCGCAGGUGAGCUGGAGACAUUUAGAAGAUCUGAAAUAUCAAGUGCUUAAGAUAGAGCAGGGAGAGAAACAUCUCUACCAAUCUUAGGCAUUAUCAUUUGUGUUGAAUUAUCAAUAAGUGUCAUUCUUACCUGUUUUAUGAUAAUGCAGGUUCACUGUUUGUUCCAUCCCUCUCUAACAGGAGGAGAGUCUGACUGGAGGAAAUGUGAUGGUGUAGCCAGGAUCCUAGCAGCCUGCCCUCAGCAGUGUCUAUCUCCACACAGUUACUACAGCCAGGUUUGCCCCCAGGUAAACCUGUCAUGUUUUAAAAGAUUUCUGGAAAUUGAACUUGCUAUAGAUACUGGCAUAAAAGUCAUAGUAGUGUCUAGGUUCAGUCUGGUAAUAAUAUUCUCACCUAAUGGUCAGAUUAUGGAGCUCCUGCACUUCAGAGACAAGCUGACAGCUCAGAAGUUCCAGCGUGUGGCCACCAGGGCGGCUCUCACAAUGGUGCAGGACCGUCUAGAGUUUACCCAGCAAUAUCUGCUCAUCCCCUCUUCAGCUCCCUCCACUGCUGUGGCCAGAUGACAGGUUAGUCAAAUUGCAGAGGGAGGUGUUCAGUCCCAGGGUCCUUAGCUUAGUGAUGACUUGGAGGGCACUAUGGUGUUGAACGCUGAGCUUUAGUCAAUGAACAACAUUCUCAGUUAGGUGUUCCAUUUGUCCAAGUGGGAAAGGGCAGUGUGGAGUGCAUUAGAGAUUGCGUCAUCUGUGGAUCUAUUAUCUUGGUGUUCUUGGGCACAGGGUGGUCUGCUUGAAACAUGUAGGUACUAUAUAUAUACAAAAGUAUGUGGACACCCCUUCAAAUUAGUGGAUUAGGCUAUUUCAUCCACACCCGUUGCUGACAGGUGUAUAAAAUCGAGCACACAGCCAUGCAAUCUCCAUAGACAAAUAUUGGCAGUAGAAUGGCCUUACUGAAGAGCUCAGUGACUUUCAACGUGGCACUGUCAUAGGAUGCCACCUUUCCAACAAGUCAGUUCAUCAAAUUUCUGCCCUGCUAGAGCUGCCCCGGUCAGCUGUAAGUGUUGUUAUUGUGAAGUGGAAAUGUCUAGGAGAAACAACGGCUCAGCUGCAAAGUGGUAGGCCACACAAGCUCACAGAAUGAGACCGGCGAGUGCUGAAGCGCGUGGCGCAUAAAAAUGGUCAGUCCUCGGUUGCAACACUCACUACCGAGGUCCAAACUGCCUCUGGAAGCAACCUUGGCACAAGAACUGUUUGUCUGGAGCAUCAUGAAAUAGGUUUCCAUGGCCGAGCAGCCGCACACUAGCCUAAGAUCAACAUGCGCAAUGCAAAGCGUCGGCUGGAGUGGUGUAAAGCUCACCACCAUUGGACUCUGGAGCAGUGGAAACACGUUCUCUGGAGUGAUGAAUCACGCUUCACCAUCUGGCAGUCCGACGGACGAAUCUGGGUUUGGCAAAUGCCAGGAGAACGCUACCUGCCCCAAUGUAUAGUGCCAACUGUAAAUAUAGUGGUCUGGGGCUGUUUUUAAUGGUUCGGGCUAGGCCCCUGAGUUCCAGUGGAGGGAGAUCUUAAUCCUACAGCAUACAAUUACAUUCUAGACUAUUCUGUGCUUCCAACUUUGUGGCAACAGUUUGGGGAAGGCCCUUUCUUGUUUCAGCAUGACAAUGCCCCUGUGCAUAAAGCGAAGUCCAUACAGAAAUUGUUUGUCGAGAUCGGUGUGGAAGAACUUGUCUGGCCUGGACCUCAACCCCAUCGAACACCUUUGGGAUGAAUUGGAACGGCUGCGAGCCAGGCCUAAUCGCCCAAUAUCAGUGCCCGACCUCACUAAUGCUCUUGUGGCUGAAUGGAAGCAAGUCCACGCAGCAAUGUUCGAACAUCUAGUGGAAAGCCUUCCCAGAAGAGUGGAGGCUGUUAUAGCUGCAAAGGGGGGGACCAACUCCAUAUUAAUGCCCAUGAUUUUGGAAUGAGAUGUUCGCCGAGCAGGUGUCCACAUACCUUUGGUCAUGUAGUAUUACAGACAGUGUCAGGAAGAGGUUGAAAAUGUCAGUGAAGACACUUGCCAGCUGGUCAGCGCAUGUUCUGAGUACGUGUCCUGGGCAGCUCGCUGCUGGGUUUCCCUUUGUAAUCCGUGAUAGUUUGCAAGCCCUGCCACAUCCGACGAGCGUCACAGCCAGUGUAGUAGGAUUCGAUCUUAGACCUGUAUUGACGCUUUGCCUGUUUGAUGGUCCGUCGGAGGGCGCAGUGUGAUUUCUUACAAGCGUCCGGGUUAGUGUCCCGCUCCUUGAAAGCGGCAGCUCUAGCCUUUAGCUUAGUGCGGAUGUUGCCUGAAAUCCAUUGCUUCUGGUUGGGAUAUGUACGUAUUGCAAGCUGUGCUGGAGUUUCUCUGAGAGAACAAAAUACUACACUGAACAAAAAUAUAAACACAACAUGUAAAUUGUUGGUCCCAUGUUUCAUGACCUGAAAUAAAAGAUCCCAGAAAUUUUCCAGACGCACAAAAAGCAUAUUUAUUUCAAAAUGUGUUCACAAAUAUGUUUACAUCCCUGUUAGUGAGCAUUUCUCCUUUGCCAAGAUAAUCCAGCCACUUCACAAGUGUGGCAUUUCACGAAGCUGAUUAAAAAGCAUGAUCAUCAUUACACAGGUGCACCUUAUGCUGGGGACAAUAAAAAUCACUCUAAAAUCUGCAGUUUUGUCACACAACACAAUGCCACAGAUGUCUCAAGUUUUGUGGGAGCCUGCAAUUGGCUUGCUGACUGCGCAAAUGUCCACCAGAACUGUUGCCAGAUAAUUUUAUGUUAAUUUCUCUACCAUAAGUCGCUUUCAAUGUCGUUUUAGAGAAUUAGUCAGUACAUCCGAACGGCCUCACCACCGCAGACCACGUGCAACAACACCAGCCCAGGACCUCCACCUCUGGCUUCUUCACCUGCGGGAUCGUCUGAGACCGGCCAUCUGGACAGCUGAUGAAACUGUGGGUUUUCAUAAUCAAAUAAUUUCUGCGCAAACUGUCAACAUUUUGGCGACUUCAGAGGGCAAAUGCUCACCUUUGAUGGCCACUGGCACGCUGGAUAAGUGUGCUCUUCACAGAUGAAUCCCGGUUUCAACUGUACCGGGCAGAUAGCGUCGUGUGGGCGAGUGAUUUGCUGAUGACAACGUUGUGAACAGAGUGCCCCAUGGUGGCGGUGGGGGUAUGGUAUGGGCAGGCAUAAGCUAUGGACAACGAACACAAUUGCAUUUUAUCGAUGGCAAUUUGAAUGCACAGAGAUACCGUGAUGAGGUCCCUGAGGCACAUUAUCGUGCCAUUCAUCCGCUGCCAUCACCUCAUGUUUCAGCAUGAUAAUGCACAGCCCCAUGUCGCAAGGAUCUGUACACAAUUCCUGGAAGCUGAAAAUGUCCCAGUUCUUCUGGCCUGCAUACUCACAAGACAUAUGUCACCCAUUGAGCAUGUUUGGGAUGCUCUCGAUCGACGUGUACCACAGCGUGUUCCAGUUCCCGCCAAUAUCCAGCAACUUCGCACAGCAAUUGAAGGAGUGGGACAACGUUCCACAGGCCACAAUCAACAGCCUGAUCAACUCUAUGCGAAGGAGAUGUGUCAUGCUGCAUGAGGCAAAUGGUCACACCACAUACUGACUGUUUUUCUAAUCCACGCCCCUACCUUCUUUUUUUUAAUGUUUCUGUGACCAACAGAUGCAUAUCUGUAUUCCCAGUCAUGUGAAAUCCAUAGAUUAGGGCAUAAUGAAUUUAUUUCAAUUUACUGAUUUUCUUAUGAACUGUAACUUAGUAAAAUCGUUGAAGUUGUUGCAUGUUGCGUUUUAUAUUUUUGUUCAGUGUAAUUAGUUACCUAUGUUAGUUUGUUAAAAAUUAAAAAAUGUGUAGGCUAUAUAACUGAAAAAUAACCACCACUGUUGAUAGCGUGAAGGGGUGAUUUCAGCUGCUUACCAUUUCCUUUUUCUAUAAAAAUAAUUUGCUCUGUGCAUUAGGGGAAUUGACACUGCUGCAGAUAAAGACUCCACUGUGAUGGGUUCUGAUUUAUAAACUUUAAAAAUGAAAAUAUCCUUAUUCAUGUUACUGAGGGAGAGAGGGGAAUGCAGAAAGUUUACAUUCUGUCAGAACAUGUUAUUGUUAGAAUUAGGUGUCCUAUGGAGAGGAGAAGGGCCACAGUCUGGUUUCAGUUGUUGGGUUGUAAUUUGAAAUACUUGCUACACCAGAAGUUAAUGGUUAUAUGUAGGAGGAAUGUAUAUGGUGGGGUCAAUGGAGGUUGGAUAUGAGCCAGGGGCUUGGAAUGUUACUAAGUAAGGGAAAAGGCAAUCGCAUGGUUGCGGUCACUGAUAAAGGUGGAUAGCUGUGGAUUAGUGAGGAAUGUGGGCCGAGGUCAGGUCACAUGAAGGGAGAAGGAACAGUUUAUUACCCGUAUCACUUAACUUUCUGUCUAGCAACAGAGAUGUAUUGGCUGUCCAGAUGUGUAAGGAGGAGACUCAGCAUAGGAGGAAGAUUUAACAUUUACAUUUUAGUCAUUUAGCAGACGCUCUUAUCCAGAGCGACUUACAGUUAGUGAAUACAUAUUUUUUUUAUACUGGCCCCCCGUGGGAAUCGAACCCACAACCCUGGCGUUGCAAACGCCAUGCUCUAUCAACUGAGCUACAUCCCUGCCGGCCAUUCCCUCCCCUACCCUGGACGACUUGUGCGCCGCCCAUGAGUCUCCCGGUCGCGGCCGGCGGCGACAGAGCCUGGAUUCGAACCAGGAUCUCUAGUGGCACAGUUAGCACUGCGAUGCAGUGCCUUAGACCACUGUGCCACUCAGGAGUACAGUGCUUUAAAUACCAGUGCUUGUGUAAAUAUGUCUUUUUCUUUUCAGCUGUUUGACCCAGUGGGUGAAUGAACUUGGUUUGAGCUUUUCCUAGUUGUCCGUUUAGUUUUUACUCUGUUUAUUUAGAACCUAACAACUGGCUUUUAAUUAGUCUGCCGAUCAAUGCCCUGAAAAUGACGCUUGGUGUGUGUGCUCGUGCGUACGUGUCUGUGAAUGUGUGUGCCCGUGUGUGUGUGUGCGUUUGUGUGUGUACGUGUGUGUGGGUGCCCAUACCUGUGUUUGUAAAUUGUGGUGUUGCUUGAGCAGCACUCAAUAAAGUGGGGCUAAUUGAAUAUGGAUCUCGCCCUGCUGUUUACAGACCUGUGGGCGGGCUGCUGCUUUGACAGAUAGAUCGGAAACAGACACAGCAGAGCUGCAUCAUCAAAAGGCUCCUCACUGAGCUGCUUAACACAUGACACUUCUACCCUAUGAGAUAGUCUCUUUCUGUUUUGAAUAUUCAAUAAGUAUCUACAUUUGAUUUAAUUCCUGCCCCAGUUACUAUCAAUAUUUUUUAUUUUUACUAGUGAAAUUCUUGUUCACUAUUUCUAAUGUCUGCUCCCGUUAGGCUCCAGGUACUGAGUAUGUCUGUAUUUGUUAGGAGACGGUCAAACCCAGGACACAGUAGAGGAAUGGGAGCUGACGCGCUGUGUGGAGGAUGUGUUUAAGGUGAGUGGAACACGGACGAUUAACUCAACCAUGAGAUACGGUGAGAUCUACUGUAUCACUCUCUCCCUCCAUCUCUCUCUCUCAGAUCUGUGUGGUGUGGAACAGCCCAUCUGCCCAUUUGCUGAAGGCUCUGGGAGAGGUGAUUCCUGUUCUCUUUGAUCUGUACUGCUUCACCAAAAAUAACGCUUCCCACCUACCGUCAGUUCUCUGUUGUAAUGCUUCUACUGCUGAGUAUUUCUGUAUCUGGCUAUUACUAUAUAGCUUUCUAUUUCUCAACAAGCCCUAUUUGUGAUGGUCACUUCAGCAAUGUAACAAUGGUUUCACCUGUAUCUUGUCAUGGAUUGGUCUCUGCUUUUUGGAUAGUUUCUAACUUUUCCCUGUAUGAUGUGUGCUCCACAGCGCCCCCUGUCAGGAGAUCCUGCUCUGGUACUUGGGCCACUGAGCCUCCUAUGUCCCUGUCAACCCUAAAGCAGCUGUGUGCCCUGGACAGAGUGAUGGGCAGGUUGGCCUCUGGGUUCCACUUCACACCUGGCAGUGAGAGAUGGGCACAGCUUACCCCCUCAGAGACAGUCAGGUGACUGGUAUUCAACAUCACACAAUAACUGGUCCCCAAUGCUUCCCUUCCUUUAGGGGUAAUCACUGAUCUGAUAUGAAUGGGAUUGAUUAAACUAAUGUAGUGGAAACCACACAUUCACCUAUCCAAUCAUGUCAUAUCAUGGAUUACUCCAAGGAGGGGUGGAAAGACAAAACUAUAAACUGUUCAAACACGUUCGAAUCUCUCCCCUCCUCUCCUCUACCUUGCAUGUCUCAGUAAUGAGGAUGAUGCUCUGUAUGAGAAGGUGUCUGGGGAGCAGUGUCUGGCCCAGCUGCUGGCUGAGAUGAAGGACAGUGACCUGCCUGGAGACUUCUUCCUGGAGCUGCUGCAGGUAGCUACUGUACCACACACAGACACAGAGAGGCAGCCUAUGGCUUUGGCCAUUAGUCUUUAUUGUCCUGCUGCGUUGCCCAGGUGGUGUUGGUCUGUAACUAUGGAUGCUCAUUUCCCUGCCAUGCCCUGACUUGCUGGGCUGAAGAGGAACAGGAAGUGGACACGUCAGCCAUGACAAUACUGCAGCUGGAGCAGCAUCUGUUAGGGAAAGUCACAGGGCGGGGUCAGAAGUUCGCUCUACUGCAGGUGCUGGCUGUCAUGUGUGAAGGUCUCCCUCAUACUCUACUGCUGCGCAAGCCAACCCAGAUAACGACUGUUAUACACCCCACAGCUAACCUUAAGGACCUUACUCUUGUUCAAGAUUGGACCAUGUCGGAUGCCAAUAGUUGACCAAUAUAGUAUUUUCUUUUCACUGCAUAACUAUUCAUCUCCACCCACUACAGGUUUCAUGAAGCUUCAGUCUCCCAUCACUUCUGUUCUUAAGUCAGUUCACCACCUCAUUACUUGUAGUUUUCUGAUUAGCGUUUAUAAAACUUUUACUUUAAAGCUACAAUAUGUAACUUUUUGGACAACCUGACCAAAAUCACAGUUAUAGAUCUUUCAUUGUCAUUGAAAGCAAGUCUAAGAAGCGGUAUAUCUGUUCUAUGUGUGAUAUUUCGAUACUUCCCGUUCUUAAGUUUUUGCGUCUUUUACUUUCAGUUUUGUACACCAGCUUCAAACAGCUGAAAAUACAAUAUUUUUAGUUAUGGGAAAUAUAUUUCACAGUGGUUUAGAUGGUACAAUGAUUAUCUACACAAUCCUUGCUUGCUUUGUUACAUAAACUGAAAUUAGGCUAACUAUUAGAAUUUUAGCAACCAGGGAUGGCAGAGUGAUUUCUGUGUAGUUCACCUUUAAGCGUCUCUGUCCUCUCCCUCAGCAUCAGGGCUUUACAGAACACUGGUCAUCUGGGCCUCUUUAUUAAGGAAUGAGGGCAUGUUGACUAAUACUUUAAGAGCUCUAAGAAUAGCAGUGUCUAUCUCUGAUGAGGUAAAAGACCCAGGGCUAACACUGUGCCAUUUUUCCUGAGGUAAACCACUCACGCUCAUGUUAGGAAACGUCUCUGAUAAACUGGUCUCAGUUUGUUUGAUAAGCAGUAUUUUUAGCUGUCUUAUCUCUACCGCCCUCAGCCAGGUUUUUUUGCUGAGAACUUUAAAAAAAAGUUGUAUGUUUUAAGUCUGAGGGAGGAUGUAAUGGCACUAUUUAGUAGACACCUAGUGGUAGGAAAUGUGUGGUUUGUACAAGCAGGUGUCUGUCUGUCUGUCUGUCUUGUAUCUCAGGUGUGUUGUCUGUCCUCUCCCAGGUGGUGGAGUUCACCGUGGCUAUGCUGCAGAGGGCCUGUGUGGGUAUGGACCAGGUCCGGGGUGUUGAGGGGCCAGUGGAGACCCAGACCCUCAGCAUGGGAAUGGGCCUGGUGGGCACCCUGCUCUCAGGACCGUCAUCGGUACACGCAUGUACGUACGCACGUACGUACAUACGUACGUUCAGGCAGCAGGCUUUAUCAUUGAUACUACUGAUACUGCUACUAGUAUGCUACUAUGUGGAUGUGGUCAUACUGUAUAUUAUGUGGUAUUUUGUUUUGAUGUCUCUCUUUCUCGCUCUCUUUGUCUCUUUGUCUCUCCUCUCUCUCUCUCCUUGUCGCAGCUGAGUGCUGAGGACUACUCAGGAAUGUCGAGGCUCCUCCCACCCCUGGAGGAGAUUUCCCAGAGGCACCCUGAGGUGGUGAUCCGUCACACACAAAAACCACACAUCAUGGGAGAGGCUCCAGCAAUAGACUCAUUAUCUUUUAGCGUGUAGAUUUGACCACACAAAGAAGGAAGCGUCUGCAGCUUUCCUCAAUGACGCAGUCACCCAAGGAUCUGACAGAUUCAUCAUGAGCUGUUUUGUGAGGGACAUGUGUAUGAAUGAAUGUGAAUGUGCUUACUCAUGUUUGUGUGUUAUAACAGUGGAUCAGGCCUAAUUGUAGUCAGAAAGACAUAAAACAGUCGUAAAUCAGACAGUACAUGCAUGUUCCACACUCAGAGGUUUGUUUGGAGGGGACUGUAUUGUUUGGGGUUUUCCCCUCUGCCAGAUCUCGAUAGUACCAUUUCCCGGGACAAG